UCACUCAGCACAGCAACUCGGCGCACAAACUGAAAGUAAAAUCAACAAAACCAACCAAACAAAAAAGCCCACCCCAAACCCCCUCAGACCCAACCAGAGGGAAAGGACGGCGGCGGUCAGAUGGUAGCGGCUUUGACGGUGGUCACUGUGAAGAAGAAGAAGGAUGGAGUAGGAAAUCCCUGCAGCAAAGGCUGAAGACUUUAGACAAGCUGCCCUUCCUGAUGCCUAACUCUUAACUGCUCUGGCAGGCCUAGCAGUGCAGCAUGAUUAAGAUGAGGAGGAAGAAACUAUGGGCAUCUUGCUUCUGUUUUGCAGCUGCCUUUUUCCUUGUGGUGACACUCCAGGUUAUCACUGAACUGGGUAAUUCAGAGAAUAAGGUUGCAGUUACCUCCAGUUUACGCAGUGACCUGUUGAAGCCUAUGGAAAGAGAUGCUUUUCAAUUUAAGAGGCAGAAUCUUCACAGCAGCUUCAAGACAGAGUCUGAUGUAAAUUACUAUCCCGUCCUACUCUGGUGGUCUCCAGUGACUAGAGAGACGGGGAGUUGGAGUCAGUGUGGAGAGGAUGUUUGCUUGUUUACUGUCAACAAGACCUACCAGCACAGUCGGAUGACAAGAGCAUUUCUGUUCUAUGGUACUGACUUCAGUAUAGACAGCCUACCCCUCCCUCGUAAAGACUAUCAUGAUUGGGCCCUUUUCCAUGAGGAGUCACCAAAAAACAACUACAAACUCUUCCACAAACCGACCAUCACUUUAUUCAACCACACUGCAACUUUCAGCCGCCAUUCCCACCUACCGCUGACCACUCAGUACCUUGAGGAUAUAGAGGUCCUGAAGUCAUUGAGGUACAUGAUUCCACUGCAAAUGAAGAACAGCCUGAGGAAGAGGCUUGCACCGCUUGUAUAUGUGCAGUCUGAUUGCAACUCUCCCUCUGAUCGGGACAGCUACGUGCGUGAACUGAUGUGCCACAUCGAAGUAGACUCUUAUGGAGAAUGUCUGCACAACAGACACCUUCCUCCACAUCUCAGAAAUCCAACUGCCAUGGAUGAUGAGGAAUUCCAUAAAAUACUGGCACAGUACAAGUUCAUUCUUGCUUUUGAAAAUGCCGUCUGUGAAGAUUAUAUCACUGAAAAACUCUGGCGGCCACUGAAGUUGGGAGUGGUACCAGUGUACUUUGGGUCUCCCACCAUUGUAGACUGGCUUCCUAGUAACAAGAGUGCAAUCCUGGUAUCCAGUUUUUCACAUCCUCAGGAGCUGGCACACUAUAUCAAAACUCUGGAUACAAACGAUCAAGAAUAUGAAUCCUACCUGCAAUGGAAAUUGAGAGGGGACAUUUCCAACCCAAGGCUGCUUACAGUGAUGAAGGAACGCAAGUGGGGAGUACAGGAUAUCACCCAAGACAAUUACAUCGACACCUUUGAGUGCAUGGUGUGUAACAGAGUGUGGGAAAACAUCAGAAGGAGAGAAAAGGGAUUGCUGCCUCAGAGAUGGGAGGCUCAGGUUAACCAUCUGAGCUGCCCCAAACCAGAGGCAUUCCAGUUCUCAUCUUCAAAUUCUGACUGGACUUCUCUCCAAGAAAUGUGGAUACCAACCUUCGAGCAAUCCAAGAAAGAAGCCUGGGCUCUGAGGCACCUGGUGGAAAGGAACAGGAAUUUCACAGCUCAGGAAUUUUGGAUGCUUGUAUUCCAAGAAUAAACACAAUGAUCUAUAAAACUGA